AUGGAUAAGUCAUGGAUUAAGCAGCCACACACAUCGACUGAAUAUGAUCAAGGGAUAAAGGGAUUUAUUAUUUUUGCCUUUCGAGAUGAAUUAGAAAAUGGUGAAAUAAUAUGCCCUUGUAAAUGUUGUGGUUUCAAAAAACCGCAGAGUAGAAGUAUAAUGUACGAUCACUUAAAGUGUAAACCAUUUCCAAAGGAAUACACCAUUUGGAUACAUCAUGAAGAGUCCAUAGGAGAAACUAGUACUAUCCCACCUAGUAAUGUUUCAAAUAUAGUACAAGACACAGUUGUCGUUGAUGAUCAUAUGCAGAACAUGAUCAAUGAUGCUUUUGGAGUCGAAGAUCCAACAAACGAAGUACCCAUUGAAUCAAAUGCAAAGAUUGAUCAGAAUGAAGAUAUGGUGCCAAAGGCAAGUCAGCAAAGGUAUGAAGAGACCAAAGAGUACUAUGAAUUAAGUAGAGAGGGAGAACAACCUUUGUAUGAAGGGUGUGUUAAAUAUUCAAGAUUAUCUUUUUUGGUAAAAUUGUGUCAUAUCAAAUGCUUAUGUGGAAUGACUAAUAAAGCCAUGACAAUGGUUUUAGAGUUAUUAAAAGAUGCAUUUGAAAUUGCAAAUAUACCAAAUUCAUUCUAUGAAGCCAAGAAAACAAUCACCAAGCUUGGUUUAAAUUAUGAAAAGAUCCCUGUUUGUCCGAAUAAUUGUAUGCUUUAUUGGGGUAAUAAGGAAGAUGAAGAGAGGGAGAACUGUAAAAUUUGCAACACUUCCAAAUGGAAAUCAAAAGCAAAAGUUGGUGCAAUUGGAGUGUCUGGUGAUGGCAAUAAUCGAAAGAAAAUUCCUGCAAAAGUUCUUCGUUAUUUUCCAUUAAAACCACGGUUACAAAUAUUAUUUUUGUCAUCAAAGUCGGCCGAGGAUAUGAGAUGGCAUGCAAUUGAUAGUAAGAACGAUGGAAUGUUGAGGCAUCCUAGAGUUUCUGACGCUUGGAAACAUUUUGACUUGACACACACUUGGUUUGCGUCAGACCCGCGAAAUAUGAGACUUGCAUUGGCUAGUGAUGGUUUUAAUCCUUUUGGUAUGAUGAGUACAAAUUAUAGUAUUUGGCCAGUUAUUAUCAUUCCAUACAACACUCCUCCAUGGGUGUGCAUGAAAGAUACAUCUUUUAUAAUGUCAAUGAUAAUUCCCGGUAAAAAAAUGCCAGGAAAUGAUAUUGAUGUCUACUUACAACCUAUUGUCAAAGAAUUAAAGGAGUUAUGGGAAACAUGUGUCGAUACAUAUGAUUCUUUAAAAAAAAAAAAGGUAUGA